GGGGGUCCGUGACGCGGUGCGGCGCGGGCAGGUUCCUGCCGCCGCUCGCUUGAAGACAGCGGGGGCACAGAGCAGAGGCGCCCCCCGCCUGAGCGCCGCGGGGCGAGAGGCAGCGCUUCGGCUGCUGCAAAGGAAGUCAAGAUAGUUCACACUUGAAGAGUACUUGAGCAAAUCUAGGACACCCGUUAAAUUCAGUCAAGCUGGAAUUCUUGUGAAGAGCUGAGCAUUUACUUCCUGGCUGCUGGUAAAGUAUUCUGCUUUCAGGUUAUCAGAGAUGGUGAUCUGAAGAAUCAGGCUUCCGAUAUGAGCAAAAUAAAAACAUCAUCUGAAAAAAGUGUUUCUACCAGUUCUCGGACUAUGUCUCUGCUGUCACAGCUGGAGAAGAUCAAUUUGGACUCUGUAUUAAGGGAAGCAGACAAUGCCAGAUAUAUUACAUCAAAGAUUCUUCAUCUGGUUCAGAGUCAAGAAAAAACCAGAAAGGAGAUGACUGCUAAGGGUUCCACUGCAAUAGAAGUUAUCCUGUCAACCCUAGAGAACACAAAAGAUCAUCAAACUAUUUUAAAUAUAUUGAAUAUUCUCAUUGAGGUAGUCUCAGCAGGUGGUGGCCGGAGGGCAAGUGUCUUAGUCAAUAAAGGAGGGACACAGAUAUUGUUGCAGCUCCUUUUAACUGCUAGCAAAGACUCUUCACCAAAUGAAGAAUUAAUGGUGCUUCUUCAUACUCUUCUUGCAAAAAUUGGUCCAAAAGACAAAAAGAUUGGCAUGAAAGCAAGAAUUAAUGGUACCCUGAACAUACCAUUGAAUUUAGUGAAGCAGAAUUUGCAGAACCACAGGCUGAUAUUGCCAUGUCUUCAAGUAUUAAGAGUUUAUGCAACCAACUCUGUAAAUGCAGUGUCCCUGGGAAAGAAUGGAGUAGUAGAACUGAUGUUUAAGAUCAUUGGCCCUUUUAGUAAAAAGAACACUAGCCUUAUGAAGGUUGCUUUAGACACACUUGCUGCAUUGCUAAAAUCAAAAACAAAUGCCAGGAGAGCAGUAGACAAAGGAUAUGUGCAGGUGCUUUUGAGGAUUUAUGUUGAUUGGCACCAUCAUGAUAGUCGACACAGAUACAUGCUGAUACGAAAAGGAGUUCUUCAGUGUAUUAAAAGUGUUACGAACAUCAAAUUGGGAAGAAAAGCAUUUAUUGAUGCAAAUGGGAUGAAGAUUCUUUACAAUACUUCACAAGAGUGCCUUGCAGUAAGAACUCUUGAUCCCCUUGUCAACACAUCCAGCCUAAUAAUGAGAAAAUGUUUUCCUAAAAAUCGUCUUCCUUUACCAACUAUUAAAAGUGCUUUCCAUUUCCAACUCCCAGUUAUUCCUGACAGUGGUCCUGUGGCUCAACUGUACAAUUUGCCUCCUGAUGUGGAUGAUGUAGUAGAUGAAAGCGAUGAUAAUGAUGAUACUGAAACAGAAUCAGAAAUUGAAACUGAAAAUGAUGGUGACAAAGACCAGCAUUUUAAGAAUGAUGAUAUUGAGACUGAUAUUAAUAAACUGAGACCUACACAGGACUUGGGAAGACCCAUGGAAGAACUGAAAAUGUAUAAGCAAUUUUUCCCAGAACUUUCAGAAAACUUUCAGGAGUGUGACUUAGUUUCCAAGGAACCAAAGCCUUUUGUACCUGAUGCAAAUCUGGGUAGACCUAUUGUUGUUCCUACAGCAGGAGAGGAGCCCUCUACUGAAGCAAAAAGAGUUGCUUUGAAGGAGAGCAAUCCCUUAUUAACCGAGGAAUACAAUAGAAGGCCAACCUUUCUGGAACUACCAAAGAUGGGUAGUAUAAAAGACAGCAGUUUACAUCAACAAAAUGAUCAAAGCAACCUGCUUCUGUCAUCUGAGCGUCUAAGCCAAGAAAUUGUGAAAGGCUUGAACAGAAUCAGUCUGCAAAACAAUGCAAAAAAUGAUCAUUAUUACAGCACAGGUUGUGAACUAAAGAAGGAAAGCAAAACUAGUCUUACCCCACGUGCUGGUGGUAAACCUUGUGAACAUGUUUCACCAUGUGGAAGCAGUCUCUUUGAAGGGUCAUCUGUUCAGCUAGGGAAACUCUGCUGCACUGGAGUGGAUUCUGAAGAGGAAGAUUCUGGAUCUAGUUCUUCAGGGGAGCAAGUCAUGCUUGAGGUUUCUGAUGUAUCACCAGUUCAUGACUGUGAUCUUUAUAUAGAGAUGGUAAAAACCACAAAAUCUAUUCCUGAAUAUUCAGAAGUGGCCUAUCCAGAUUAUUUUGGCCACAUUCCACCCCCAUUUAAGGAGCCUAUUCUGGAAAGGCCAUAUGGGGUGCAGAGGACGAAAAUUGCUCAGGAUAUUGAGAGGUUAAUUCAUCAAAAUGAUAUUAUUGACAGAGUUGUCUAUGACCUUGAUAAUAUGAGUUGUUCAGUACCAGAGGAAGCAGAUGUCCUGAAGUUUAAUUCAAAGUUUGAAUCUGGAAACCUGCGCAAAGUUAUUCAGAUAAGAAAAAACGAGUAUGAUCUAAUUCUGAACUCGGAUAUAAAUAGCAAUCAUUAUCAUCAGUGGUUUUACUUUGAAGUCAGUGGAAUGAAAACUGGCACUGGUUACCGGUUUAACAUCAUCAACUGUGAAAAGUCAAACAGUCAGUUUAAUUACGGUAUGCAGCCCCUCAUGUAUUCUGUUCAAGAAGCAUUACAUUCUCGACCAUAUUGGACUCGUGUUGGAACAGAUAUUUGUUACUAUAAGAAUCACUUUUCAAGAAGUUCAAUUGCUGCUGGAGGUCAGAAAGGAAAAUCUUAUUACACAAUUACAUUCACAGUGACUUUUCAACAUAAAGAUGAUGUCUGCUACUUUGCUUACCAUUAUCCAUAUACAUACUCAACUUUAAAGAUGCAUCUUCAGAAACUAGAAUCUAUGCACAACCCUCAACAGAUCUAUUUUCGACAAGAUGUUCUCUGUGAGACCCUGGCUGGCAACAGUUGUCCCUUAGUCACUAUUACAGCUAUGCCAGAAUCCAAUUACUAUGAACAUAUCUGCCAGUUCAGGAAUCGUCCUUAUAUUUUUCUGUCUGCUCGUGUGCAUCCUGGAGAGACUAACGCAAGCUGGGUUAUGAAGGGAACCCUGGAAUAUCUUAUGAGCAAUAAUCCAAGUGCCCAGUGUUUACGACAAUCUUAUAUUUUCAAAAUUAUUCCCAUGCUUAAUCCAGAUGGUGUCAUCAAUGGAAACCACCGUUGCUCUUUAAGUGGAGAAGAUUUAAACAGACAGUGGCAAAAUCCAAAUCCAGAUCUGCAUCCCACUAUUUACCAUGCUAAAGGUUUACUGCAAUAUCUGGCUGCUAUAAAACGUUUACCUUUGGUCUACUGCGAUUAUCAUGGUCACUCUCGUAAAAAGAAUGUAUUUAUGUAUGGCUGUAGCAUCAAAGAGACAAUGUGGCACACAAAUGUUAAUGCUGUCUCAUGUGACCUUAUGGAAGACCCUGGUUACAGGGCACUCCCCAAGAUCCUCAGCCAAACUGCCCCAGCAUUCUGCAUGGGUAGCUGUAGCUUCGUAGUGGAAAAGUCCAAGGAAUCAACAGCACGGGUUGUUGUCUGGAGAGAGAUAGGAGUUCAAAGGAGCUACACAAUGGAAAGCACCUUAUGUGGAUGUGACCAAGGCAAAUAUAAGGGAUUGCAGAUAGGGACAAGAGAACUGGAGGAGAUGGGAGCGAAGUUCUGUGUUGGCUUACUACGUUUAAAAAGGAUGACCUCACCUGUGGAAUACAGUCUGCCUUCUAGUCUGCUGGAUAUUGAAAAUGAGCUGAUUGAGUCAAGCUGUAAAGUGACAAGCCCCACUACUUACGUUUUGGAUGAAGACGAGCCUCGUUUCCUUGAGGAGGUUGACUACAGUGCAGAGAGCAACGAUGAUCAAGACACUGAACUAGCUGAUAAUGUUGGUGGUUAUGAGACACCUAAUCAAGAAGAUGGACUUUCAGACUCAGAUUCAACAAGAAUACUGCUUUCUUGAACCAUCAUUACAGCCAGCAUAGGAAAUAAAAUAUCCUGGAAUUUCAUAGUCAAAUACUUCAUCACUCUUAUCUACUUAGGGGAUAUGCUUAAGGAAACACAAAUAACUGGGGCCUGCAUGGUUCAAGGACAAUAAAUAUUGGCACGAGUUUUAUUUGAGGAGUUCUGUGUUUUCCUUUAGCACUAAAUAGAUACAUUUAUGUGCCAGGUGAUUUUCUACCAAAUAGCACUGCACGGCAUUUUGUGUCCUUAAAUCCUGUCUUCAGAAAAAUGGAUCCUAAUUUGUGGUAUGUCAGAGUACAGAAACUUAUUUGUGACACAUUUCUGUGAGCUGCCUCCUGAAAAAUACAUAUGUAUAAAUGUGUGUACAGAGGUGAAGACGUUAUUUUCCAACAUUAUUUCAAAGAUACUUGAGUGUGUGAAGUAUUGUAGUGCCUGCUCUGGAACCUCACAAUAUUAACUAACUUAAAAAGAAGUGAUGUAUGAAUUGUUGCACUUGUUUCUUGCCUAUGAAGAUGAAAUAGUUUUGCCACAGUACUAGGUGAAAAUACAUAGUAUCUCUACACAGUUCAGGAUUUUGCAUAGUGACCAAUGCAGCCUGUGCUAACAAGAACUAUACAUUUGUAUGGAUCUCCUUACUAUAAAGAAGGCAUGGUUUAAUAUGAAGAGGCUUUUUUCUUAAAUAUAGAUGACUACAAGGUAAAGGGUUAGAUAUGUACACUGUAUAUAUGUUCAGCUACCCAGUUCCUCAAUUUUUCUGGUUCAAUAAGCACAUAGUUCAAAAGAGUCCACUUCACUGGGGGUACAUUAACUACAUACCAGAUUUAAGUGCUUUAACACAAAAGAUGUGUUUUGGUUUAAACAUCUUUUGCCUGGUUUCAAUCCUCUGUUAACCCUGCUCUGAGAAGGAGAUAGGACUGUAAGUUCCUGAGAUCUCUUUCAAUCUGAAUUCUGUGAUUUUUUAUCCUUCAUAUUUAAAGUCAAGCUGUCAGGCAUGGCAUUAGCACUUUGUUUUCUCCUGUCAUCUACUAAUUCUUACUGCCUCUUCCCUCUGCUUAGAAUAAGAUCUAAUAGAGAAAUGGACUUGUACCCCAUUCUUUACAGAACAGAUGCAUUUUGCAGUGAAAAAUCUUUUUUAAAAAUUAUUUUUAUUUUAUAUGACCCAGUUAUGGCAUUCAUUUUCUGCUGCAUGUAUAAGGGCCUUAAGAGCAUGAAGAAUAACAUAAAGUAGAGCAGGUUUUUAACUGAUGAGAACUUUGUGUAUGUCUUCUGUUGCAAAUAAAGCUGUACUUUGGAGGGGAAGUGUACUUUUGGUAAAAGGAUAAGAAAAAAAAAUUAAAAAUUAUAGUAAGGAGAUGGAUUUUCACCAGUAUUUGCUGUUUCAAAUACAGCGUUGUUUGGUGGUGCCUGUCCAUACCAUCCUCAUUCUGAAAUUGGGAAAGGGUUUUUGAUUCCUUAUGAUAUGCUGCUGUAUUUUUAUUCAAAGGCUUAAACUUAUAUUAGUAAUCACACAAAUUUGUAGGUAUAAUGGAAACAUUCACAAUCUGGUCCUCUUAAAAAUUUCUAAUGAAGUUUAUCAUUCCUUGUGUGGUGUGAACUACAAACUGUAAUGUAUGUAGUUACUGUACAUACUGUACAUACUACAUUAGUUAAAUAAUAAAUAAAUAAAUAAAUAAAUAAAUAGUUUAAUCUGCUGAAAAGGAGCCCUCUGCAUUGAAUCUGUAGGUGAAAUUGGGUAUCUGCCAAACAGAAGUAUUAAUCUUGCUACAGAAUUUCAACUAUUUUUAAGUCAGCCCAGGGAGAGUUGUGCAGAAUGGUCAUAUUGCUGUGUCAGUUUUAUACAAGUCAUCUGCAUAAAUAGAUUUUCAUCCAUAACUACUUUGUACCUUACAUAGAUAAUGACUGAAUAAUUGGCUGAAAUUUCAGGAGGUGCAGGAUGCCAACGUUAGUUAACCUGACUGUGCAUGCCUCCUUAGUUUUCGUAUGAAUCAUAUUAUUGGCAAUACCAGAAAUGUUCUUCAUUUAGAAAGAAUUGUGGCUUAGUAGUGCAAAAUCAUCUUUUCAUCCCAAAUAAAUAUGCAUAUACAUUCUUCUCAUGUCUGCUACAACUUUUAGUCUGUGCAAAGAAGGAGGUACGAGUGACUUCUAUAAUGGUUCAGUAUGACAGGCACUUGCCUAAAACAAUAAUGUUGCAUUUGUACGUUAGAUUCUACUGCACUUACUCAUUAGAUUUGAUGCAUUCAUUUGCUUAGACGAGCUGUCAGUCUGGCAGCUGAAAAGCUGAACAUCUGCUAGCACAGUUCUGUCAAAUGCAAAUUUGUCUUUAUCUUACACGUUGCUGAAAAUGCAAAGGCUGUUACCUCUUGCACAUUUUGUGGCACUUGGUGUGCCUUCUGAAAAAGCAGAUGAUGUGCCUUUCCAAAAAAGCUCACAGGGAUGCUGGUUCAUGGGAAGAACUGCCACAGUGAUAGCUGCUUCAUGCUGUCUAUUUCUUCUCUACUCCAUCUUGCCAUUGUAGCAGCCGUGUUUGCAAACACAUGCCAGCAUUCCUUUUAUGCCUUUUGAUGGGAAGUCUGGUAGUUAGCUGAAAAUACAAUAGCUGAGGCUUGAGCACAUGCUCUAUUCUGGUUAGCGGGCAUUUGUCUCCCCCCUGACCCCCCAAAUGGGCUGAAUGGAUAGAAUAGAAUAGAAUGUCAGCUUCUUGAAUUGUCAAAAAUCAGUCAUCUAGCAUGGUUCUUCCCAGACAGUGACUGUCUUUGAUUUUAUGGAUUGGUAUUUUAAUGUGUUUCUGGUUUUAAAUGAUGCUCAUUACUAUAAGCAUGAUAGGAAAGAAGAUAUUAUUAUGUAUUUUUUUUGUAAUGAGAACAAAUAAGGUUCUAAAUAAUUAUAUAUGUGUUAUUUACCACCUUGCAUCUAAAUAAUUGUUGAAGGAUUAAUUACUUUAUUCCCUUUCCAGGUGUACUUUAAGUUGUAGCACAAAUUUUGGUAUUGUGUCUUCACUUGUGACAUCCCUUAUUGUAACGUAACUUACAGCUGAGAUGCAGUUUGGGCCACAGUCUUGCCUGGUCAUUUUUGGAUAUAGAUUGUUUCAUCAGCCUGACUUCAUAGGGAGAACUGGUUUAAAUCUCAAAUAAAACUGCAGUAGCAGUAAACAUUGAUUACAAAAUGCAGAAAUUCAAGUUUUCAAGUAGUUUCUGUUGUAAAGCUGUGAUAGAUAUAAUUGUUGCAGUGUUGUUAUGUAUGACCCAAAUACAAAUACUUAUAAAUAAAAAUACAUAAUAAAG